GCAGCUCCGCUUCGUCUCUUCUGCUCACCACCCGACUCCGUACGUGCGUCUUGGAUCCAUCACCACCGUACCAUGGCGAUACCGGUAGCACGCGUCCACCUCGCCGUGGCACACGCAGCACUCCCGGCGCUCGUCCCGACCCCGCCCAAGUGCGAGAUGCUGCCGCUGCUCCCGACGCCGUGCGUCGCCGUUGUCCUCCCGAAGCCGCUCGCCAAGCCCAGCCGCGCCGACUCCGACGAGAGGUGGGACGCGCGCAAGACCAUGACCGGCUUGGCCGCCAGCACAGAUCAGUCCUCAACAUCGUCAAGCCCUCGUUCCACCGCCGGCAGCGUCUGGAGCAGCGCCCGACGACGCGGAUCUGCCUCCCGCAAGAUCGCGACAACGCCGCCUAAGCCCGGCCGCGCCGACUCCGACGAGAGGUGGGACGUGCGCAAGACAAUGACCGGCUUGGCCGCCAGCACAGAUCAGUCCUCAGCAUCGUCAACGUCAAGCCCUCGUUCCACCGCCGACAGCGUCUGGAGCAGCGCCCAACGACGCGGAUCCUCCUGCAAAAGCGCGACAGCGCUGCCCCCCAAGCCCGGCCGAGCUGACUCCGCUGUGCGAUGGGACGCGCACAAGAAGACGGCAAUCCCAGCUUCGUCGUCGUCGUCGUCGUCUUCAGGCACGUCUUCCCACGUAAGCAGCGGCAAGUGGACGAUGAGCCGCGCGUCGUCGUCUGCAGAGCGCUGGGACGUGCACAAGAAAUAUCGCCCGCCGCAGGCCGCCGUGGCGCUGGACGACGGCGAGAGCAGUACUGCUUCCAGCAACGACAUUGACACGGAUAAGGAGGAGAUUGUAUGGAAGCCACGGGCCAUCUACGCUGAACCGUGCUUCAUCUCCGCCGCGCCAGCACCCAGCAUGCUUCCCAUGCCGACAGCGUUCUUGCUUCGCGUUGCAUAGCGCUGCACUGCUGCACCUAGUCCAUGGAUCGGCUCAGAACUCAAGGUCGCUGGUUUCUUUAGCUACCGAAGCAAGUGCGAUUUUGUACACGUAGGGGCUACUGCGACUACU